AUUCGUAUCAUAACAUUGUUUUUUAUUUAGUACGUAACAGAGGCUGAACAUAAACAGUCAUGUCAACAAAAGUGGCCGUCGUCACAGGUUCCAACAAAGGCAUAGGACUGAGCAUAGUCAAGGGACUGUGCAAACGAUUUAAUGGAGUUGUUUAUUUAACUUCAAGAGAUAUCGAAAGGGGAAAAGACGCAAUUAACGAUCUAAGAAAACAAGGCUUACUUCCCCGCUACCACCAACUCGACGUAACAGAGAGGGAAAGUGUACUAAAGUUUAAAAACUAUUUACAAGAUACAUAUGGUGGAAUAGAUAUAUUGGUGAAUAAUGCCGGUAUCGCUGUUAGCGGGGAUUAUCCAAAUUAUGAAGAAAGUAAAAAAAUUAUAGACACUAAUUACACGAGCAUUUUGACGAUACAAGAAUUGAUAUUUCCUUUGAUAAGGAACAACGGUCGUAUACUAAACAUAUCCAGUGAUUGCGGUCAUCUUUCAAAUAUAAGGAACAAAUAUUGGAUCGACAGAUUAUCGAGUCGAACCUUGACUAUGGAAGGCAUUCAAGAGUUUAUCAACUGGUUCCUCGAGGCGUGCAGGAGCAAAACGUUUAAAACUGAUGACAUCGCAGACGAUGGAACUUUUGCAGCGUACAGAGUUGCUAAAGUUGCGUUGAGCGCUGCGACUGUCUUGCAACAGAAGGAACUUGAAACUCGGAAUAUUUCCGUGAAUUCUAUGCAUCCCGGACUAGUUCGGACUGAUAUGUCACGUGACAUUGGACAUCUAAGUGCGGAUGAAGCAGCUGUGACUCCCCUAUACUUAGUUUUGGACGCUCCGGAUUCACUAAAAGGUUCUUAUGUGUGGUUUGACGGUAAAGUUGUAGAUUGGUAUGACUAUAAAUCUGAUUGUUAUUUUAAAAGAUCUUCGUAUUUACAACUUUUAGCUGAGGCAGGUCUCUAAUUGCAUUUAUGUUUUCUCUCGCACAUUUUCAAAAAUUGUUAAGAUAGAUUUAGAAAAUUAUCCAUUCCUUUGCUAGAUUCUUUUUAAUUGGCAGGUUAGGUUAAAAUGGAUAAAUAUUCAUGUGUUAAUUAUUGACUGUUUUGUGCAACAGAAAAUUGUCGUACGUUUAUGUAAGUAUUUACGAAAACACAAUAAUAUAAGAGAAUUAAAAAUAUGUUUUCAAUUUACACUUACGUAAAAGAUGAUAACAAUGUUAUCUAUUUUUUUGCCCCUUGGUCAAUGUCUUCAUUUUCUUUUCGAUGUUACUGAUAAUACGUUUGUAUAAC